AUGGAUGGCCCUCGCUAUUCCAAUGGGCAUGAAGCUGUUGGGAUUCCGUCCCGCCAGAGGCCUUCGUUUUCAUCUAUGAGAACCGGAUCAACAGCUACAACUUUGACCUCGGAUAUGGUGCUUGAACAAAACAACACUGAACCCUAUGCUGGAGCAACUUUCGAGACCGUUCCUAGUUCAAUCGUUUCGUUCCACCAUCCACAUUCUCUUCAAUCCAGUAACCUUCUAGGGAGCUCUAUCUCGCCUAGCGCAGCUGGACUAAGGGGACGUAGAUCAACUGAAGAGGAAUAUCUGAUUCGCUCUCCAACUCGAUCUAGGAGCUCCUCACACAACCGUCAUUUCAAAUUCUUUACGGAGGACCAAAUCACCAAUGCUGAAGGUGCCUCGACAUUGGAACACACCGACUACGAUACACAUUGGGAUUCUGUACCGGCUUAUGAACAACAUAGACUACAGGAUUUUAGAUUUGGCUCUCAGCGGUCUUCACUUCUCAGCCGAUCUCCAAGGUCAUCAUUUUCCAACGGCAGCUACUAUGGCUCGCUGCGAGAGAGAGGUCGUUCAUUAUCUAGAUCAUCGAAACAGCGACCUCAUCGUGAGCUUCCCAUAGAGACUUAUAGUCCUUCGGUCUAUUCUAGUGCAAGUCCUUCACGGUACAGCUUGAGGGACAGAGUCCCCUCUGAAGUUGAAGAUCGGGCUGAUGGGAGCUUAGAUGAGCGUUCCGAUCAUUCUGUCCAAUCUUCGAGAAGCGAGGGUUCAAAUGAAUCAAGAGACGAUCAUUCCGGACAAGAUGAUUCUCAUGCACAUUACAAGAAGUCCAGUGCGCACGCUGAAUUCCUCAAGCCACAAUACCAUGAGAAGUUCUUUCAGGAUCUUCCACCAUUGGAAAACCAUCAGAGAUUUUACAUCGCCGAGGAGGACCUUGUCAUUGGUAUUGGGGGUUACAGGACUUCUGCUUUCAGAUUUCUAAUCUACAGGUUACUAUGUUUGAUGACAUUUGGGUUGUUUUAUCUAGUGAUGAGGUGGCUGCCUCAUUACAAAGUAAGACUAUAUGGUGUCAAAGUUCCUUUGGCCAAAGCCGAGUGGGUAGUUGUAGAAAGCGAAUUUGGUGAUUUCAACUGCAUCAACGUCAAGAGAGAUUGGUACAAUAGGCCGAUGAGCACGCUCUUACCUUUUUCAACUCCUCGAAUGAAUGAGGUUAAUAACAGCAGUGCAUCAAUCAAUAUGCAUCGUACAAGUGACCUAAAUCCUAUAUUACCUAUUCUCAUAUCUUUUGAGUAUAGAUACAUCACGUUCAUUUAUUCACCUUUAGAGGACAUCUACAAGACUAAUAAUAAUUGGGCUGAUCCCGAUUGGGUCAAUCUAGCUUCUGUCAACCGCGGUCUUACCAAAGGUGUUUGGGAAGAUCGUGUCUUAGCUUUUGGAAAGAAUCAUAUUAAUCUGAAGGUGAAGACAACUUCACAAGUUUUUUUUGAUGAAGCUUUACAUCCCUUCUACGUGUUCCAGAUCUUUUCAAUCAUUCUAUGGUCUCUCGACGCCUAUUUCUACUAUGCGGCAUGUAUAUUCCUGAUCUCGCUGCUGUCUAUUGUUGAUACUUUGAUUGAGACUAAGAAGACUUCCCAAAGAUUGGCUGAGAUGUCUUAUUUCAACUGUGAAGUGAGAGUUUUCAGAGAUGAGUUCUGGACUCAUGUGAGCUCUAACGAGUUGGUCCCUGGCGAUGUUUAUGAAGUUUCGGACCCAGCUUUAACUAUCUUUCCUUGUGAUUCUAUCCUUCUUGCCGGUGACUGCAUAGUGAAUGAAUCCAUGUUGACAGGGGAAUCAGUUCCAAUCUCUAAAAUACCCGCUAACCAGAAGACUAUGCAUCAGCUCUUGGAGGACUUUCAGAACACUCAAAUUUCGAGCAACGUUUCUAAAUCCUUCUUGUUCAACGGAACCAAAAUAAUCAGGACACGGAUACCUCACGGCCAAUCUGCAGCUCUUGCCAUGGUUGUGCGCACAGGGUUCUCUACAACAAAAGGUUCUCUUGUACGUUCCAUGGUUUUUCCUAAACCAACUAGUUUCAAGUUUUACGAGGAUUCUUUCAAAUAUAUUGGCUUCAUGGCAAUUAUUGCAAUGUUAGGGUUUUCUAUUAGCUGUGUUCGUUUCAUUCAGAUCGGACUCGACAAGAAAACCAUGCUUUUGAGAGCAUUGGAUAUCAUCACCAUUGUAGUCCCACCAGCUUUGCCAGCAACGUUGACCAUUGGCACAAACUUUGCAUUGAGUAGAUUGAAGAAGAAAGGGAUCUUCUGUAUAUCUCCGACAAGAGUCAACGUGUGCGGGAAAGUAGAUGUCAUGUGUUUCGAUAAAACGGGUACUUUGACAGAAGAUGGCCUCGACAUCCUAGGUGUACAUGUGUCAGAACCUUGUUCGCACAACAGUUUCACAUUCAGUGGUCUGAAGAAGAGUGUUGAUAAAAUCUUUCCCAAGUUUUCUCUGAAUGAUUGCAACUCUCCAUCAGAUUUUAGGGCUAAGAGCUUUCUGAUUUCCUUGCUAACAUGUCAUUCUUUGCGGUUGGUUGAUGACGAAUUGCUCGGAGAUCCUCUGGACUUUAAAAUGUUUCAAUUCAGCGGUUGGUCGUACGAGGAAGACUUCCAGAAACACGAAUUUCAUUCCAUGUAUGAUCAAAGGCACGAAGGCGAUAUCUUCCCCGAAAACGCUAACAUUAUACCCGCAGUCGUACAUCCCAACGGUAAUAAUCCAGAUAAUCGUUUCACAGAUAAUGACCCUCACAAUUUCUUGGGUAUCAUAAGGAGCUUUGAGUUCUUAUCUGAGUUGCGUAGGAUGAGUGUUAUUGUCAAACCCAACAGUGAUAAUGUUUAUUGGUCCUUUACCAAAGGUGCGCCUGAAGUCAUCGCAGAAAUUUGUAACAAAAGUACGUUACCCAAAGACUAUGACUCAGUUUUGCACCAUUACACGCAUUCAGGUUAUAGAGUUAUAGCCUGUGCUGGGAAAACUUUACCCAAGCGCACAUGGCUAUACUCUCAAAAGGUGAGCAGAGAAGAGGUUGAAAGUAAUUUGGAGUUCUUGGGAUUCAUCAUCUUUGAAAAUAAACUGAAAACAACUACAUCGGCUACAUUAGACACUUUGCGCGACGCAAAUAUCAGGACCAUCAUGUGUACUGGUGAUAAUAUCUUGACCGCCAUUUCCGUUGGUAAAGAAUCAAGACUAGUGCAUACCGAAAAUAUUUAUGUUCCAAGUUUCGUCGAUGAACCCAGAUCGGGAGCGCCACAAUUAGUGUGGUACGACGUCAACAACAGUGAAAGUGUCUUGGACACACGGACUUUGAAACCUGAGGUAAAUACGAAUGAUUAUUCGCUUGCCGUUACAGGUGAAGUAUUUCGGUUGUUGUUUAGGGAAGAUAGCGGCAUAUCAGACGCUUACAAGGAGGAGGUAUUGCUCAAAGCUUCAAUCUAUGCGAGAAUGUCUCCUGAUGAAAAGCACGAAUUGAUGGAACAAUUGCAGAAACUGGACUAUGUGGUUGGUUUCUGCGGUGAUGGUGCUAACGAUUGUGGUGCAUUGAAAGCUGCUGAUGUUGGUAUAUCGCUAUCGGAAGCAGAGGCAUCUGUGGCGGCACCGUUUACGUCUCAGAUCUUUGAUAUCAGUUGUGUGUUGGAUGUUAUCAAAGAAGGUCGUGGAUCAUUAGUCACUUCGUUUGCAUGUUUCCAAUACAUGAGUCUUUACUCUGCAAUUCAGUUCAUCACCGUUACUAUAUUGUACUGUCGUGGUUCGAACCUUGGUGAUUUCCAAUUUCUUUACAUUGAUUUAUUACUGAUCAUCCCGAUCGCGAUCUUUAUGUCCUGGUGCAAGCCAUACCAUAAAAUCGUUAAGAAACGACCAUCUGCUAACCUUGUUUCGCCAAAGAUUCUAGUACCUCUAGUGUUGAGUAUAAUUAUCUGUGUUAUUUUCCAGGCUGUUCCCUGGCUUCUAGUACAAAGGAAGAGUUGGUACAAGAAGCCUAUCAUUGGUGGAGACGACACUGUAGAAUCAUCCGACAAUACUGUUCUAUUUUUCGUCUCGAAUUUCCAAUACAUUUUAACCGCUGUUGUGCUAUCGGUAGGUCCGCCUUAUAGAGAACCCAUGUCGCAAAACAAAGGCUUCAUCAUGGACAUUCUAAUUUCUGUGCUCGUGAGCAUAUCCCUGAUGUUCGUGUGGCCCGAAUCGUUCUUGGGGAAGUUAUUCCAGUUAACCAAAAUCUCAAAUGGUUUCAGGGUAUUCAUCGUGCUCUGGUCAGCAUUGAAUUAUUACUGUUUGAUGUACAUUCCAAACAAGACAAAAGGUUAUUUCAAGAAACGCAGAAGCAAUAAGAAGUACAAGAACAUUUUAAAAGAGCAAAAUAUAUCCUUUGUAGUAUGA